GAUACAUGAGGCGGGAGAUUCAGCAUCAGGUUGUUGUCGAUGUUUUGAAUGAGGAAGCGAUGUCAUACCUGAGUUGCAGGUGUCUUGCGGAGUCCUGAAUAUGGUUUGCCAAGGGGUCUACCUGAAACAGAAAUAGUCACAUACUUGGAGAAACUAUUCAGAAACUGUUUUGGUCAGUUUUAUGUUUUAUCUGGCAAUAAUUGCAGGAUAAUACAAUAGUGAGAUUCCGCUCUGAGAAUCCCCGCGUUCUGUGAAACCUGCGCGGGUUUUUUGGAGACAUGAACGGCACUCUUUUCAACCGCACCAAUCUCCUCACACAAGCACACGGAGCCCUUAUCAAUGGAAGCAACGAGCUCACGGACACACUCGUGAGAUGCUGCACGGGAAAUGACAGCGAUAUUGUGGCCGCGAGCGACGGUGUUGGAAGUGGAUCCCUCGCGCUCACACCUGAUGAACGGAAGUUAUUUGUGACGCGCGUGGUGCAGAUAGCUGUGCUGUGCGUUCUCUCGCUCACUGUAAUAUUUGGGAUAUUCUUUUUAGGCUGCAACCUGAUGAUCAAGUCAGAAAGUAUGAUAAACUUCCUCGUGAAGGAUCGAAGACCCUCUAAAGACGUCGAGGCGGUAAUGAUUGGACUAAGUUAGCAGCAGCCUGAUUUAAAAGAUAACCAGGAGUCUAUGCAUUAUGCCUGAGUGAGCGCGGAUAAUUGAUUUUUAUGGGACUGAAGAUAACCAUGCAAAGAUUUUUCUACGCUAUUAUCUUUCAUGUAUUAAGAAUGAAGGCAGGAGUUUCAGACAUGGGGGGACUUUUGAAACAGUUUGAAAAAUAAUGAUUCGAUGAAAUUGUGUAAUAAUGUUAAUUAGGCUAUAUUGUCUGACAUGAGUUGUUUACUAUAUUUUGUUUUCGUAACAAAAAAUGUUUACAUGUUUAUUACCUCAACGUGAUGAAAAUUGAUUGCCAAAAACUUAAUUAUUGUCAUGGCAAAAUGACCAGUUGCUUCCAUUUUACGCAUGUGGUUGUUUUGUUCACAGAAAGGCAUAUUUGUGAUCUGUGUCUUCUAGAGCUGCAGAAGUAUCCACGUUCAGUUUUGUUUAGCACGCGAGGGUUGAAAACAUCUAAGAUUUGUUGCACGUUUAUUCCAAUAUCCCACUGCCAUUACCGGGUGUUUUCAUGUCCCUCAGCACGCGCGAUGCCGGGUUGUCUUCGGUGGAUGUGUGGCCACGUUAGAAGCACUUUUUAAGAUUUAGCUGGAUGCUGCAUGAGUCUUGUAUAUCAUGAAUAUGGGCCUACUUGUGCAGCAUGCUGUUGUAAUAAAUAUGCAACAUUAAACUUUCACAGGUUUCAGUUUACUGAUUUAUUAAAAUAUUUAGA